CACAAGUUGAAUUGCAUAAGAAACAGCAUAUAACAUUCUAUUAAAAAGGACUUUUCAUAUGUUUCUCACACUAACUUUUCUUGUAUAAUAUUACAACACACACAAGAGAGGGAUCAAAGAGAAGUUGAAAAGAAAUAAUGGCUAGUUUUAUUAUUCAAGUGCCAAACAAUUUAAGGACCUUCUCUGUUUCAGCUUCCUCAAAUGGGUCUCCUUCUCCAAUGAGCCGUGGGAAUCAAGGUGGUCCAGUGAUAUUGGAGCUUCCUCUAGAUAAGAUACGGAGACCCCUUUUGCGAACCAGAACCAACGAUGAAAAUAAGGUUAAGGAACUCAUGGACAGCAUCAGCCAAAUUGGCCUUCAAGUACCAAUUGAUGUGCUUGAGGUAGAUGGUGUUUAUUACGGCUUCUCGGGUUGUCAUCGCUAUGAAGCUCAUCAGCGUCUUGGUCUCCCUACAAUCCGCUGUAAAGUUCGCCGUGGAACAAAAGAAACUCUAAGGCAUCACCUCCGAUAAUAAUUCUUACCAGUCUAUCUCUUCCCAGUGAAUCAGCAACCUGUUAAUCAGAGAUGUCCGAUAUUAUAUAUUUAUUGAAGUAGUUACAGUCUAUAAAUGUUUGUAUAUACAAAAUAAUGCAAGUAAUUCGCAAUUAUUGAUAUAGAUCCAGUAAUAUAUAUAUAUAUAUAUGUGUGUGUGUGUGUGUGUAUAGUGUUUUUUGUCUACCUAAAGGAAUUUGAUGGAAAAUUUAUAAAAUAUUACUUGGCGUUGGUUAUA